GGUUCAGGAAGACAUGGACCCCUUCAGCAUCACUGUUGGCGCCAUUGGCAUUACAGAGGCUGCUAUAUCUAGUAUUCAUCACCUUUGUGAUUUGAUUGGCAGCCUUGCAGAUGCCAAAGAAACGGUGCAAGAUAUCGCUAUAAUGUUGGAAGGUGUCCAGCGCCCGCUCGCAGCUCUGGAAGAACUUCAAAUUCCUAACCAGGCGAUGUAUACUGAAGCCAAAUCGGAUCUUGAAAAGACUGGGAUCGCAGAAGCUGUGAAUAAAUGUGGCCAGGCGUGUGCCGACUUUACAAAGAAAUUUCAGCAAUGGACAAAGCAUUCUAGUAAUACGCACCUCUCUCUUCGGGAUCGCCUUUCCGUUGGAGUAUGGAACAAAGAAAGAAUACGUACAUUUAGAACACAAAUUCAAUCGUGCCGAGCCAUCGUCCAGUUUGCCAUCGAAAGCACUCAGCUGCUCAUUCAGCUCCGCUCGGAAUAUACCUCAAAGACUGAUCGUAAGGAGCUGAAGACACGAUUGAGAUCCCUAGAGAAAGCAGUCCAGGAGCAUAUUUCUUUCACAAAGGGGCGACGAAACGAAGCCUUGGAGCGCAAGGAAGAACUUCAGGAGAAUCUAGAGGACGAGGAAGAUGGUGGUGCUCAACGAACUCUAGCAAUGAAGGAAGUUGAAGAGCAGUCACGUCUUUUAAAGGCUGACGAAACUGCCUCUAGUGUUGUAUCAUCACAGUUGCGCGCCGGGCUGUCAGAUCACAGCGGCGUACGGGUUCGAUCAUUUGGAAUUCAAAUGGCAAAAGCAGCUAAAGGGUAA